AUGAUUAAUCUUUACCGCAAAGGAAAAUGUCCUCUCCAUCAAACUCAACUUGAAAAACACCGCCUUGCUGACUGCUGCGAUAAAUCCCAAGGAGUUAAGGCUUAUAUGAAAUGUUCGCAGUUUCGGGAAUUGCAGCAAGCAGUAAAAAAUUGUGGAGAUUGUGGUAAUACUUGGCUAGGUGGCGAAGACCAAAUCGUUAAAACUGCUUUAAUUGAUAAAAAUGAUGAGGUGCAAGUAAUUUUCAAAAAGGAAGUGAAAAAUUUUGAAGCUAACCAAAACAAGGAAGUGAAAAACUACAAAAUUUCUGUUUAUGGCAAAAAGAGAGUUAGUCAUUGUCCUCUCCAUCAAACUCAACUUGAAAAACACCGCCUUGCUGACUGCUGCGAUAAAUCCCAAGGAGUUAAGGCUUAUAUGAAAUGUUCGCAGUUUCGGGAAUUGCAGCAAGCAGUAAAAAAUUGUGGAGAUUGUGGUAAUCCUCAAUUUUUCCGCCAAAAUUUGCGAAGACAAAUAAAUUGCGAGCAAAUAGUCGAUUUGCUAGUUAGCAAAACCAAAGAAAACUUGAUUUGUCUUUUGCUACGGGAUGAUAAUACUUCCCAAAUUUUUGACCACGAAAAAAUUCCCUACUGCCGAACUCAUUGGGCUGAAUUAGAAAAAAUCCAAACAGAGAAAGAGGAAGUUAGUGACCGGCUAAAGAAAAAAAGAGAUGAAUUAGUAAGUUCAAUUUUAGAUUCAGGUUUGCCGAUUGAAGAGAAAAAAAUGUUGUUUGAACGAGCAAAAAUAGAACUUUCUGGUGAGUUAACAAAAAAACUCGCUACUUCUUUGGUGGAAAAAAUUUUGGCCGAUACUAAUAAUAACGAAGUUCGUGAAAGCGUGAUUCGGCGCCGCGAGGAAAAAAUUUCUGACUAUAAUUUAGUUAAUGGAGAGAAGGCGGCAGUGGAAAAAAAAGAAAGAAAAGCAAAAAGUAAUUGGAAAGAUACUUGUAAUAAUUGUAAAAAAUAUUGUCCAGAACACAGCAAACAGUUAGGAGAACACAAGUCAAAAAAAAAAU